GAGCAGAAGACCGUGCGAUCGAGUGCGGCGGAUGGGGCUCGGCUCGGGGUCUUCCUCGGCCGGCCAGACUCGCUUUUCUGUUCAUUGCGGAGAAGCGCGGUAAAGCCAUGCCACGCUGGAGUGUCCCCUCCCUGCACCUGUGACUGGCACCAGUGUUGCACGAUGGGCUGCGUCAAGUCCAAGCAGAGCGGUGCCCUUCAGAAUGCCAAUGCUGCAGAAGGUAAGAAGAGCGAGGAAGAGGCCACGCUGGUGAACUCGGACCCCCUGAGCGCGCAGGCCCACCUCGUCCACCCCCUGCUGCUGGACUACGCGCAGCGCCUGUCCGAGGAGAUCGUCAGCAAAGCCGUGCAGCAGUGGGCCGACUUCGAGAGCAAAUACGGCGACAUUCCCUACAUUGAGAGCGACGUGCCCUGAGCCCCCCGCGGACACAUCGAUGCCCCGCUCGGGCCCACCCUGAAGGCGAACAGCUGUUGAGCACAGACGGCCGGCUCAGCGGAUUGUGCGCUUCAGUGCCCGCUUGAUGCCCCCUCCCCCCGACAGUCAAAUCUGUUUAAUCCACACCAGCGAGGAGCGGCCGCCCCCCACCAGGACCCUCGCCCCGAUGCCAUCUCCAGGCAGCUCUCUGCCAGUGGGCUGCUGUGGGUACCACAUGGACACAGCUUGGCAGACGACAUAUCGAGCGGAUACCAGCUGGGAUGCAAGGGAGCAGCAGCAGAGAGAAGAGGUCACAUGACUGGCAGGCACUCGGGCGGGUCACCCACAAGAAGCCCCUUCAAACGACUCUGCCCCGUCUAGCGUUCUGCCAACUCCGGUAAUAAAAACUAAACAGUAGGUAAAGCC